GUUACACCCCUUCCCACCCCAACCCUACCAUUGUUUCUCCCCGACAGCUGCCUCUGUCUCAGUCGUCGGCUGUCACUGCUACUCCGUCUACAAAUCUCUGCCAGCCCAAAUAAAGGUAUUCGAUUCCCUUGUCAUUUUUCUCUUGUUUUCGCCGAAAAGGUGGUUGUCGGUCGGCGAGGCCCCGUACGAAGCUAACUUUUGGAAGACCAGGCUCGAUGCGAAGUCGGGUUUUAGUCGGCGAGGCUCAAUACAAAGUCAUGUUUCGAACGCCAAAAACCUGGUUUCGUACUGGGCCUCGCCGACCGAAACCCGACUUCAUACUUGACCUCAUCUUCCGAAAACCAGCUUCGUACCGGGUCUAUCUCAAAAUUUGUUUCGUUUGUCGCUAGACAUUCCACCUUUGAUGAUAGAUAGAAUAUUACCUCCUUUUAUGACGUCAUUACAGUUUUGUGGCGAGGCGAGUUUUUUGCAAGAUUGUCCGACACACAAUGGUGUUUUGGAGAGUUGGAGGAAGUGUUUUGAGUGAAUAAAAAAGUCUCAUUUCAAAGAAUUAUAAAGAAAUAUAUGAAUAGGCAAAAUUGUCAUUUUGACAAAAAAAGGUGGGCGACAAAUAGUAAUUUGUUGGGUGGCCAAUAACAAAUGGUCACAUUCUAAUGAGUCUGAAUAUUUUUAAUUAGAUAGUCACAAUUUUGCACUCUGUAACAACAAUAAUCAACUUUUAAAAAUACACUGAUAUAUUCAUUCCGUCAAUAAUUUUAACAGCAUCGUCAUAGAUGCUGACUAGACUAACCGUUUUUAGUGGGGUGGACAUUUUACUUGACUUUGUCAACUUGGAAAUGUCCUUUUUAUGGUAUUUAACUGAAAAAACAAAUAAUAGGGAAAUGAAUAGUCUAUCUCUUUCACUUUACCUUCUUCUUCCAUCCCCUCCUAAUUGCCACUUCGUCCUCCCACCACCAACUCCAAAUCUCUACUUAUCCAUGUUAAUAUCCAAUGACGGAUUUCUGGUAUAAUGAAGUGAUCUUGGUGGACGCCGUUUGGCACAUUGUCUACUAUGGGAGAGACCCAGUUGUAUUUUUUUAUUGCAAUUCACGGGUGCUUUCGGCUUCUGCUAGAGGUUCUCCAAGGUCAAAAGUUUCUUCUCCCCUAGUUCUUGGAACGACUCGAAUUGUCAAGUAGCUAGAGCUAUUAAUGAAGCAAGCUGGUGAUGAACGACUCUGUAUUGUCAAGCAAAAACCUCGUUAGACACUCGAAUUGUCUUUAACCGAGCCGGUUUGCGAACAAGCCGAGCUCGAGCUAUAUGACAUGUCUAGCUUGAUAGGCUCGCGAACAAGUUCAUCUGCAAAUGAGCUGAGCUUAGCUCAAGCAUGACAUGUUCAUCUCGGUAGGCUAAAGGGAUCGGUUGAACUUUGCUAGUGGCGCGCUUGUGGUUUUUGGAUUCUUUUGUUUUUUUAUUCUUCCGACAAAAUUAACGAGAACAAAGAGAAGUGAGCAGUGACGGCGAGGGGGGAAAAGGGACAAAGGUUCAGAUCUAAAAUAGGGAGUCAUAAUGACUACAACGGGAUUUGAGCAAAGAUGUCUGGCGUUCAUUCAGAGCAGGUGUGGAGAGAGAACGAGAUGACACCUACAAACGACGACGAUAAUGAAAGGGAUUGAUGGUGGUGGUUUUUGAAAUCCAUAGUCUAACGACCCCGAUCCCGCAUACCAAGAACUCCCUAAUCUUUGAACUGUAAUUGGCUGCUUACUUCUAUGGUUGGCAUUUAGAGUUACUAGUGAACAAAACUUCUCAGUUCUCAGGGGAAGAGAAAAGAAGAAGAGGAGGAGGGUCGAUUGAAAAUGAACAUUUAUUAGUUAAUAAUUAUUGUUUUAACAAAAAAAAUUGGAUCUACGUGGCUAGGAUGAUAAUGAGUCUGACUAUGGUUUAACCGCACCGCAAUGUUGGUUAGCCGAAACCGAUUUGGAGUUGAAACCAUCACCGCCACCUCGAUGUUUGUCGGUUAGCCGCCAAUCGCAACCGCUAGCAUCAGUUGGAUGGGCGAUUAGCCGAUACCCAGCAUCAGUAGAUUUCAAGAGGAGUUUCAGCAGGCGUAAGCGGCAACAACACCUUCAAGGAGGGGUGUAGAUUAAAGAUGAUGAGAAGGAUUUGAAGCUUGGGCGAUGGCGAUGUCAAGAUUUGAGAAGUGACAACGAUUCGCAUCCUGCGGGCGACGGUGAGACCUCUUGAAGACUGACGAUGUGCGACGAGACGACGGGAUGGCUAGACGACGACGACUGGUCGAUGAUGAGGUCGAGAAGAUGAGGUCAAGACGGCUGGCCGAUGAAGGAUUGGCUUUGAAUUCGCUGGGUGUUGCAGUCGGGAAUUGGGGUCUUAGGGUUCUUCUCCUCUACCGCUAUUUGGAAAUUGGGUGAUUAAUGUCUAUAUGGGAGGAGGAGGAGGCUGGGGAUUCGAGGAUGAGCGAUGAGAGGAAGGGAAGUGAUGUCGAGUGGCUGUGAUUUAGGGGCAGUAGGGCAUAACUACGGUUAGUGUGGGUUAACGAUCGGUUAUCCGUUAGUCACCGAAAACUGCAUGGUUGACCUCUCACCCCUCCCCCCAAGCGACACUGCCAACUGCAGUUCCUUAUCGAUUUUCGGUUAAUCGCGUAACCGAGGAUAGUUUAACAGCCCUAUACAUGGCUAUCAAAUAUUCUAAUGUGGUCAAUUUUUUUAGACAUCUGGAGCUGACGUGACAUUCACAUCAACAUCUAGUUAAAUUUACUGACGUUGUUUCUAACACCGUUAAAGAUUUAAACGGUAACGACUAAUUUUUCCAAAUGAGUUUAGUGAGUCUAUUUAUAUUUGUGUAUUUUCCAAAAGUUGGCUAUUAUUGAAAGUGCAAAGUAGACUAUUGAGAUGUAUUUUGUCUGAAACAAUUGAGAGCGUCCAAGAAAUGGAGAUUUGAAAGUAAGUUCAAAAACUAAAAUGGCAUUACAAGCUACCUCGUCCGACCCUGGUUGAGGUCGUUGAUUGUGAAAUCAUUGAACAUGGUUCAAUUUCCACUUGUCUUGUAUAUGAACAAUAGCUAGGUGUAAUGAUAAUAUCACUAGUAUUGAACUUUAAAAAAUGUUAAGUUCAAAUUCGUUCGGUAAUAUCUAAGUACAACAACAUGCGUGACUAUGUCAUCCUUACAAAAUAAAAAGCGUACUUAGAAAAGAGAGCGGAUAAUAUGCAAAAUUCUGGCAUGGAAAACACGAUCAUAUCGUCGUAUCACGACAUCGUGAUACGAUGAUACGACCUAGGGGUUUUGUAACCGAACCCAAACCCUUAAAAAAAAAGGCACAACUUUCGACAAUUCAAUUUUAUUUGGCUCUUCUAUAUGAGUUGGGUCCUUGCUUAAUUGGACAAGUGCUAUGUGGGCCCGGAGACGCUUAAUGAGUAAUUUGUCGCAUGGACAAACACUCCCUACGCCAACACAGCUUAAAUACAGCUCCACCCCUCCCUCCGUCUCCUUCCUCUUCAGGCGGGCCGGCGUUCUUUCUCCACCUUUACUCCGCCACCUCGAUUAAAGAGAGAGAGAGAGAGAGACAGAAGAGUGAGAAAUACAGAAAGCUCCUUUCGACGGUGUACAAGCCUCCACGCUUCCGCCAUCGUCAUCAUCAUCCUUCUCAUCAGGUGCGUCCUCUGCCUCUUCCAGAUUUCCGCCGCUUCAUCUCCGUUUCCCCUUCUCGCAUUCUUGCACAUAGUUUCUCGUUUCUUAAUUUGUUUUCAUUCCUGCCGCAUUCUUCCAUUCCCCAAUCUCUCCGUCGGACCGACAAUCGUGCUUAAUCGACCUUCUUUCUGCUAUCGGCGAAUCGGAAGUCUCAGAUCCAGAACAGCGACGAUGACCGCGUUUCCAUCUCCCUUAGAUUCUCCAGGCGAUGGAGGAGUUUUUCAUCAUCUCCUCUCUGUCGAGCGAUUCGAUUUCAAUCUACUUUCACCUCCGUCAUUUUAUUCCUUUUUUUCAAGCGCAAAUCUGAGAUUAUUUUUUUUUUUGCCCCUUUUCGUGAAAAAAAUGUGUUUUCUCUUCGGAUUCUCUCUUGCAUGUCGAGGAACGAGCUGAUUCUAUGACAAUCUAUCCCUCUCUAGCUUGUUCUAUAGCUCGAUUCUGGCUUUCUAGCUCUGCUCGUGUCGCCGGCGACGUUAUAUCGAUUCCGGCUGAACGGAAACCGCAAUGCAUGAUUCUUUUUUCAUCGGCGAAUCUCGAUUUUUCUUGUCCACGCUCUCCCCCGGGGAAAUCUCGUCUGUUUCAGCGGCCAAAUCUGUGUUUGGCUGAGUCCACUCGUUGAAACGCUAUGGUCGCCGAAUCGUUCGCCGGCCCUAUCGUCAUUAUUACGUCAUUUCCCCCUCUGAUUUGCUAAUUGCAACUUGUAGUUAGGUAAAAGAUAAAUAAAUAAAUUAAACCAAUAGUAAAUACUUGUCCGCCUUUUGCUCCACCAUCCCCUUUUCUAUUAUAUUUUAAAGCUUCCUCUUCUGUUUUAUUGGUGAAUUAAUUUGCACUCUAGAUUGUUGCUUAGCUGGGUAGGGCCCGGCCGGCGCCGCAUGCCGGCGUUUCUUUUUCUUCCCGUCGCCGUCACCUCGUAAUUUCCGCGAAGAUAUCGUCGUGAAAUUUCCUACUAAUAUAUAUAUAUAUAUAUAUAUAUAACAUACUUGGACCGCAAAUUGGGUGGGUGAGUAAUUUCUGGGUUUCUUUAUUAAAGUACUUAGUAGAUUAUUAAUUUGUUAUAAAUUCAGAUUUGGGUUUUGCACGUGAUAAGCUGACCGGCCUUUUGUCCAUAAUUUGGGAUUAUAAAGAAACUCAAAUACAGAAUUAAGAGAUGAUUUGAUUGAAGAUUUAACAGUUUCUUAAUCUAAUUAUUAACUGAAAAGAUAUAAGCCGAUAGCUCACAAGUCUAAUGUUUCAUAAGUCGUGAAACGCGAUGUUCGAAAUUAGAAAGAGUUUUUGAGGUUUUAGUCACCGUUUAGGGCUUCUCCUUAUUUGCCCCUCUCUACCUUCAGAGUAGUGUAGGGUCAUGGUUGUCACAAAGAUGGCAAAGAGUUGUUAGAUGAAAGCGCAAUGAUUUAUUUACUUUGGUAUGUUGCUUGUCAUGUGUGCUUGACUUGACGUCUCAGUAAAAGGUAAACGCUGACUAGUCCUUUUCCCGUUGCCAUUGCCUGCAGUGUUCAUUGCAUUUGGUACUUGUUGUUGUCGUCGUCGUCUUAGGGUAGGUAGGUAGGUAAAACGGGGCCUAUACGAAACAGUAAGGGUCAUAAUUUUCAACCGGGCUAUGGUGUUUCAUAGUCCGCUGUUGGAUCGAAUGCGGAUGAUAUGUGAACGAUGGUUACCAUCAUUCACAUAUCAUCCGCGUUCGAUCCAACUGCUCUAGAUGCCUGUGAGCACAACAGCGAUUUGUGCCGUGGUAGCUUUGCAUAAGCUCUUUAGCAAGGUCAUGUUAUGUGAUGUGCCUAUCCCUGUCAAAGAAUUAGUUCGUACAUACAUGUAUUUGGAUUCAGUUGCUUGUUAGGCGAGGUUCUUCAUUUUCAGAGUACGUUAUUUCUAGAACAAUUUGAUGUAAACCGGUAGGUUAUUGGAAUCCACUCAACUCUUGUGCAGCCUAAUUUGUACAAACCUUGAUGUUUGGUAGUUCACAGCAUAACCGUGAAAGAAACCCCAAUUUCUGCUCAACGGAAUUAAAGACUAUAGGGUAAA